GGGGGGUACCCUUUAAAAGCAGUGAGCUGGAGAAUCAGCAGAGAGACUCCAGUUUGCACUGCACUGGGACCAUGGCACAGAGCGGGACAAGGAACGUAGUGCCAGAAAAGAUCCCAGCUUCAGAUUUACCUCAGCCUGUCAAAGUCCAGCGGGUCAGACACACCAAGAUUUUCAUCAACAAUGAGUGGCACACGUCCAUCAGUGGGAGGACGUUCCCAACUCGGAACCCAGCAACUGGGGACAUAAUCUGUGAGGUCCAAGAAGCAGACAAGGAGGAUGUUGAUAAGGCGGUCGCAGCAGCCAAAGCGGCCAAGGAGCAUGGCUCUGCUUGGCGGAGGAUGGAGCCGUCCCGCCGGGGGAGGUUGCUGCACAGACUGGCGGACCUGGUGGAGCGGGACCAGCUGCUGCUCGCGACCUUGGAGACACUAGACACAGGGAAGCCAUUCCUCCAUGCUUUCUUCAUUGACCUGGAAGGCAGCAUCAAAACCUUGCGUUACUACGCAGGCUGGGCCGACAAGAUUCAUGGCAAGAGUGUUCCUGUUGAUGAAGCCUUCAUGUGCCUAACCAAACACGAACCUAUUGGUGUUUGUGGGGCCAUAAUUCCAUGGAACUUCCCUCUCUUGAUGCUCAUGUGGAAACUAGCACCAGCCUUGAGUUGUGGAAACACUGUGGUCAUUAAACCAGCAGAGCAGACACCUCUCACAGCUCUCCACAUUGGAUCACUGAUCAAAGAGGCAGAGUUCCCUCCUGGAGUUGUUAACAUCGUUCCAGGUUUUGGAUCCACAGCAGGAGCCGCGGUUGCAAGCCAUUGUGGCAUUGAUAAAGUGGCCUUCACCGGCUCCACAGAGGUGGGUCAGCUGGUCCAAGAGGCCGCAGCCAAAAGUAAUCUCAAGAGAGUGACUUUGGAGCUGGGAGGAAAGAACCCCUGCAUUGUGUUUGCUGAUUGUAACUUGCAGCUGGCUGUGGAGGAAAUUCAAAAAGGUGCCUUUUACAACCAAGGCCAGUGCUGCACAGCUGCAUCACGUGUCUUUGUGCACGAAAUGAUCCAUGCGGAGUUUGUGCGUCGUAGUAUAGAAAACGCCAAGAAGAUCGUCAUAGGAGAUCCACUGGACCCCCAGACAACGCAUGGGCCACAGAUUGACCAACUGCAGUUUGACAAAAUUAUGGACCUGAUAGAGAGCGGGAAAAAAGAAGGUGCCAAGUUGGAAUACGGAGGAGGUGCACUGGAUGCAAAAAGCCUCUUUAUUCAACCCACCAUCUUCUCCGAGGUCAAAGACGGCAUGAGAAUAGCCAAGGAAGAGAUCUUUGGGCCUGUGCUUUGUAUAUUCAGCUUUAAGAGCCAACAGGAAGCGAUAGAGAGAGCAAACAACUCUCGGUAUGGCCUGGUGUCUGCAGUGUUCACAACAAGUAUGGAAAGAGCUCUGUUGGUGUCUGGAGCCAUGGAGACUGGAACUGUCUGGAUAAACUGCUAUAACGCCCUGCAUGUCCAGACUCCAUUUGGUGGUUACAAGAUGUCAGGAAAUGGAAGAGAGCUUGGAGAAUAUGCCCUGGCAGAGUACUCUGAGGUAAAAACUUUGACCUUCAGGAUGAAUGAAAUCAUAUGAGGGGAGCUGGGAAAGUCCAUCUCAGACGUCUCCAAUCUGCAGUCUCCUGUUGCCGUCAUCUCUUGUGAUCACUAUACCAUCCCAUCUAAAACAAAUGAAAUACUAGAAAGGUUGCUUUGUAUUCUUAGUAAUCCAGAAUGUAGCCAUCAAUAGAAAUCUGAUCAUUUGUUCACCUUUUCACUAAACGAUUGUACAGAAGGAUGCAGUUAAUGCAAAUAUAUCUCAAACACAUUAUAGUACCUUCUUCUCCUUUAGUAUUUUUCAUUUCAAUGCAAUUUGUUUAAUUAACACGUUUCAAACAUAGACAAUGCCAAAAAAUGUUUUAUUGUGAACCAAGGAUUUUAAAACUCAAGAUUGGAUAAAGUAUGUACAGGAAAUGUUUUUGCAAUGCUGAAAAUGUUUAUGUUGUGAAUUUCCUGAAAGCUUUCCAGAGUAUUUUGCUGUUGUUUUGCACCAGAGCAAGAUGCGGCAACCAUCAUGCUUUACUGCGGGCAUGUUGUUGGUGGUAAAAGUGAAUUGCACCACACAAUUUCUUUUAGGACCUGAAAGCUUAAUUGCAACCAUGGAAAUUUGUUAAAUUCCUUCUACCAAUGCCAAAUAACCUAUUCUAGAAUUGGCACUUCUUUGGUUUUGAUUAUUGUAUUGGAUAACUGAAGUUUAAAGAAACAAGAUAUUUAACAAUUUAUUCUUUUAACAAAUAGAAGCAUUGGUAUAUGUGGGAAGAACCCACAACACUGGUUAACCAGUGAGAUAGAUACCAUCCCACACCAUCACACUACCUCCACAAAAAGCUUUUUGGCAUUGGCAGAGAGGAUUUGGCAACUUUUCAUGGGUGCAACUAGCACAAAUCCACAAAUGCAUUUUCUUUACAAAUGUGGCACCAUUUAUUGCCAAGAAGCAUUGUUAUGAACUGGACAAAAAUCAAAAUUUUCCUUACUUUUUGUGCUAAGUUUAAAUUUAAACUUAUUGGAAGAAUUUUGAAUAUUUUAGUUAAAGUUUAAUAACUUGUCAGAUUGCUGUUUUAAUUCCUAGUUCAACAACAUAAAAUGGAAACAGGACUCCAAGGGAAGCCGUGGGACUGUAUUGACUGGUAUAUACCACAGUUUGUAUUCCAGCAUUGUACUUUGCUCAACAUCCCCGGAUGUAGAGAAACUGGAAUUUUGUGUAUCUGUAACCAGCAUACAGACCAAAGCAGGUCAGAUAAUCUUGACAAAAUGGGGCAUUUCUUUAGAUUGAUUUUCUACAACCAAACAUACAACUGAGAUUAAAAAAAAAAAAGUAGUUGCAAGAACUAGAAAAAAAGUAGAACUUAAUACUGAAUGAUGAAGUUAUACCUCAUCCAGUCAAUUCCUAGUUGGUGGGAACUGAUUUUUCCAGAAAGCGGUCAUUGCUAUUUAUAUGGACUACUGACCAGGUGCCAGUAAUGUAAUGCAUUUUAAAACAUAAAAUAAGUUUCCUGCACUCCUUUUUGUCCUUGUUACUAAAGAAACUAACAAAAGUAUAAUAAAAAUUGAAUCUUUUUUUCUUAUUCAUGCAAAUGACUCUUGUUGUGAUCCAUGGUUGUUUGGGUUUUGGUUUUCAUUUGUGUUUGUGUUCAGAUCACUUCUUUUAUCUUUUAUUCAUGCCUCUCCAUAUCCAUUUCAUUUAUGUGUUCCUUGUUGUUUAGGUCCUGUCAUUUUAGUUUAUUCCUUUGUGUUUAGAUUCUUUGUCAUAGUUUUUAGCAAGUUCCUAACCCACAUGCAGAAAACACUCUGUAGACAGCACGAGUUUUAAAGGUGUAUUUUUAUCGGGAACACCAGGGAGGAGCUCCAGAGAAAUCCAGCUGGGGAAUAUCCACUGAGAGAGAGGGGAAGGGAAAUAGGUGAAUGGUGAGAUGGUAGCAGUGUGGAGUGAGUUCAAAUGAUGACUGUUCUUACUGUAGUCUUGCGGAGGUCCAAACUUGGGGGAAGUAGCUCGAGUCCAGUGAGGUCUGCUCAUGGGAAAUAUUGCUUGCAGAUGGUUGAUGUUUGUUGGAUGGCGGGCAGGUAGUAAUCAGAAGAAUCUAAAACUUCAGAGGUGAAGGAGGCAAUGGGAAACCAGGAGGUAACCACUAUGGUUGACCCUGAGGUGUCAAAUCACCGGCAGUCAUCUCCUCUUAUCCUCUUCAGCGCAGAAACUGAUGAUUAGCUGUAGGUGUGUAGGAGCUCAGCAAACCCUCCGUAAUGAUCUACAGCAACCAGUAGAGGGAGGCAGAGAGUACAUAGAUAGACCAGCACUGGAUCUCUGACAGUCUUACUUAUUUCUGAUGUUCUGUUUGUGCAUUUAGGUUAUUCUCUUAUUUUAGCCUUGUAGUUCCUUUGUGUUUUGGUUUGUGUUUCUCUGUUUAAUUGGUCUCCUUUCCUCAGUGUCCCUGCUUGCACCCCUCUUCAGGUGUUCAUUAUUCUACCAACUAGGCUCAGCUGGUUCCCAUGUCAUUAUUCCCAUCUCUUCUGUAUUUAAGAUCCUUGGUUUCCUUUGCUCCGUGCUGGAUUCUUCUGUUGCAUUCAUCCUGGUUUGCUGUUAUGUUCCCCUCAUGCCUUCAUUGUAAGUUUCUUGUUCCUCUUCUCAAUAAAAGCAUUCUAAAUGCUAUGCAGCUGCCAUACUGUAUGCUCUUUGGUUCUGCUGCAAACACUCACUAUGUGAACUUUAUGAAGAAGAACAAAAAAAGUCAAAAUUAUGCAUGUCACUCAUAAAGACAAUUAUAUCUUUAUGAGUGAGUGUUUUUCAUCCAUGGUUGUUUGUCUUGCGAGUCUCUGGUUUGCAAUCUCUGCUCCAGUUUAUGCCAAAGGUGUUUUAUCAUGAUAACAUCAGGACUCUGCAGGCCUGUCAUGUUCUUCCACACCAAACUCACUCAGCCAUGUAUUGAUGGACCAUGCUCUUUGCACGGAUGUGCAGUCAUGUUGAAACACAAAUGGGCCAUCCUCAAACUGUUCCUAACAAAGUCGGGAAGCAUGAAAUUGUUUAAAAUAUUUUGUUAUAAUCUAUUCUAAAUAAUAGAUUAUUUCACUGGAACUAGGAGGCUGAGCCAAACUCCAGAAAAACAACCCCAUACCACUAAACAUUACACUUGCCACAAUGCAGGCAGACAAUUGCUGUUUUCCUGGAAGCUGCUAGAGCCAAACUUGGGCUGCCAGACAGUGCUCUCCACUGCUAGAGUUUUUCCAUGGGCCCAGACUUGUGGCUGAAUUGCUGUCAUUCUGAAUUGUUAUUCCCCUGGAUUCCUGCUCAACCGUGUUAAUUAGCUACCCUCCAUCAGUUGCCUGCUUUCCCUGCCUCACCAGCUGCUUUUGAUUCCUCCCUGGUUAGCUCCCAGUGUUCGUGGCCCAUUCCCACCCUACCUCACUACUUAUACUCUCUGGUUUUCAUUGUUCUCUACUGGCUCCUCCUGUUAGCUGCCUGCUCUAUGCCCGUUGAUUCCACGAUCCUGUUUUCUUCCUGUUUUAUGUUUGUCACCCUGCCUGUGUUCUGAGUCCUGUAUCAGCCUUGUAAGUCUACUGAUUAUUAUUAAAGACAAUUUUACUCA